CUCAUUGGUUCGAAACAUACCACCAACACCCCCUUGCGUGUUAUAGUCACUACAGAUGGCAGAGUGUUAGGAAGUGUUACGAUUUCAACUAAGGGGGGCUUGAUUUGUUUCGAGGGCGCAGCUGCGGUAGACCUAUAAGGGGAAAGAUCUCGGGAUUAUUAUUAUUAUUUUUUUUCGCUUUAGAAUUACAAAUAGCAAGGAUAUAUUUAUACCAUGGUGAUUAGGAAAGAGGAUCGCGUUUGGGUCGAAGAAGAGGUGGGCAGUCGAGAACUUUCAAGGUCUUCCGGUGCAGCUUCUCCAGACGACAACUCGAUCCAUACUACGACUGAAUCCAACGAGAGUUUUCACGACGCCCCAGGAAGGAGGUCCUCGCCCAGCCCAGUCGCCGCCUUGUCCAGAUAUGCGCGGCUGGAGGCGGAGCGGGAGGACCUCCUUCGUCAGGAGGACCCAGGCGGCGACGAGGGAGGAGUGCGACGCUGAUCGACUCCUGACGGAACGCGACCGCCUGCUGCGCCUCACGUACUGCCAGGAGAACAGCAGCGUGCUAGCGGUGAGCCUGAAGCGCAUGAUCCACAUGUGCGUGUGGGUGGAGCGCCUGGCCGUGUGCCCCGACCCCAUGGUGGAGCAGUUCCGCGCUGCUCUGGGCGAGGUGAUCCGCAUGUCCCCCCUGGUGAUGAAGCACCUGGAUUCGCCCUCGCCUCAUGACCACAUGGAGCGGGGGUCGUCCCCUCUCCACCCGUCUCCGCCCACCCCGCCCAACCUCCAGAGGAUAUGGGUGGAGAACGAGCAGGGGGCCUCCGGGGACGCCACGCCGCCGCGCCAGCCUCCGCACGCCCUCGGCAGCCCGGAAACCUGCGGCCCGCCCAAGAGCAGCGGGAGCUUCAAAGUGUCCGACGGCGGCCAGCGCGCGGGGAACCAGGCCUGGUCGCCGCUCACGCCCGACCGCACGGACGCCAACCUCACCAACGAGUCCUCGCUCUCCGGAGGGUCCGCCCAGAAGCCGGUCUCGUCCACGCCCGAGCUGUACUUCUCCCCCAUGCAGAAGCAGGGCCGCGCGGCCGCCAACACCACCUCGGACUGCUCCCAGUGCACGUCCAAGGACACGCAGGACAAGUUCUUCAGCCCGCAAGCCGAGAAGGACAGCACCUCGAGCCUGCUCUCGGGCAAGGACUUCCCCAGCAACAGCUCCUUCAAUUCGCCAACGCUGAUGUUCAAGUUCGCCGACUCCAGCGAGUUCGUCGGGCUGAGCGGGAGCCCCGGCAAGUCCAGCCAGGACGACCGCGAGAACCAAGGCCUCUUCCAGUUCCCCAAGACGAAGAAGACGCGAAGGGCCCGCAGGAAGCGCGCAGGGAACCGGACUGCCUCGUCGCCGCCGCAGAGGACUGUCGAGGAGCUGAAAGGAGGGAGCAACAUCACCAGGCCUAAGAAGAGGUCGCGCGCCUCUGACAUCGAGGGAGACGAGGUCACGCGCCAUCUGUUGGCGAGCAUCCAGAACCUAGGUCAACCCUCGCGCUACGUCGCCCUGGAGUCAUUAGAGGAAGUGUAAAAGUCUUUAUAUUCCUUUUUUAUACCAAGUGCGUUCGGUUGUUCCGCCAGUUAUGUUAGAUUACAUUGUGAUUUUUUUUCUCAUUUUAAUCCUCGUUUGUACCUCCACCGUUUUACUUUUUUACUUGAAUUUCAGUGAUAUUAAGAUUAUUGUACGUCUUGAUUUUUUAUUGGCACUUUCGCCAAAUGUUCUCUAUACGAUUUUUUGAGUCUGAUGAUUUUUGCUUUUGUAAUGCAAGUAUUUAUUUCAGCGUAACGAGAAUUGACAUUCUAGUAGCAGUUUUUGAUUCAUAAAUCGCCUAUUGUGUUAAUGUUCAUUUUAAGACCAAUGUAAAAGCUUUAGUAAAUUUUUAGUUUUCAUCGUCA